GUCAGCCUCAUUGAUCGGAACGUCCAGGGGAAAUGAUCCCCCUUCGCUGACCGACAAAGUGGGGGCGGUAAUAUAGCCUCGCUCACCCGUCUCUCAGUCAAAAGUGCAGUGUACGUGCUGAACUCUGGUUACUCGGGACUCCCUUUCAAGUCAUCAACAACAACGCCGACAACGAGAACAGCGCCAGGAGCUCGAGAAGAAGCGCACGUCGUGCAGUGGCAUGACCAGGGCUGGCCGGGAUGAUGCAAAUCGAGAGACGCAUCCACACGCGCAUCGCGCUGGCAAGAAGGGAGCAGAGCCCCAGUAACCAGACGUCUCUGGCCAUGAUGCAGGAGCCGCAGGAGAUGGUGGAGGAGACGGUCACCAUCGAGGAGGACCCGGGCACGCCCACCUCCCACGUGUCCGUGGUCACCUCCGAGGACGGAACCACGCGCCGCACAGAGACCAAGGUGACCAAGACGGUCAAGACGGUGACCACGCGGACGGUCCGGCAGGUUCCGCUGGGGCCGGACGGCCUGCCGCUGCCCGAGGGCUCCUCGCCGCUGGGCAGCUACACGGACUCCAUCGACCGGCGCUACCUGAAGAACGGCGACCGCUACAUCACGCCGCAGGCCAGCUCCACGCUCGGACGCUCCUACAACAACUCGUCGUACAUCGGCGGCGACUCGUACGGCGACACGCCCAACAGCCAGUACGGCGGCAGCGUGGUGGGCACCCUCGGCGGAGGGGGGCAUCACCACUACGGGCUGCACGACGGGUACGGCGACAUCGCCGACAACUACGGGAGCCUGUCGCGCGGCCUCAACUACCGGCCGCCGGCGCGCUACCCGCCCUACAUGGGCGGCGGCGUCGGUGUCGGCGGCGGGUACCGGCCCGAGAACAGCUACACGCUGCCCCACCGCAAGGACGACUACGGCCACGUGGCGCAGCCGCAGGUGCCCAUGGGCAGCAGCGUGGUCGACCUGAACCGCUCGCAGCCCGAGCGCUUCCAGCCCGAGCCGUACGGCCUGGAGGACGACCGCCGCAGCCUGGGCCCCGACGACGAGGAGCCCUACGAGCUGGAGCCCGACUACUCCACCGCCAACCGACGCACCCUGGGCGCCGCCGACCGCGGACGCACCAUCGACCGGCGGGAGCCAAUCAGAGACGGACCCCGCGUCAGAGGGGCAUACGACGACCCGAUCGAGGCGGAGCUGAUCGACGAGCGCCACCCUUACAUCCAGGGCAUGUACCCGGCGCCGCUGGCACAGCCCGAGCGCGGCAGCAUGGCCAGCCUGGACCGCAUGGCGACGGUGGACCGCAUGGCCACCCUGGACCGCAUGGCCACCCUGGACCGCAUGGGCACCAUGGGCGGCCGGCGCUCGCCCUCGGUGGACAGCAUCCGCAAGGACCCGCGCUGGCGCGACCCGGACCUGCCCGAGGUCAUCGCCAUGCUGGAGCACCCCAUCGACCCGGUCAAGUCCAACGCCGCCGCCUACCUGCAGCACCUGUGCUACGAGAACGACAAGAUGAAGAAGGACGUGCGGCAGCUGAAGGGCAUCCCCGUGCUUUCCGGCCUGCUGGACCACCCCAAGCCCGAGGUGCACCGCAAGGCCUGCGGCGCGCUGCGCAACAUCUCCUACGGCAAGGACAACGACAACAAGGUGGCCAUCAAGAACUGCGACGGCAUCCCCGCCCUCAUCCGCCUGCUGCGCAAGACCAACGACAUGGAGGUCCGCGAGCUCAUCACGGGAACGCUGUGGAACCUGUCGUCCUACGAGCCCCUGAAGAUGGUCAUCAUCAACCACGGCCUGCAGACCAUGACCAACGAGGUGGUCAUCCCCCACUCGGGCUGGGAGCACGAGCCCAACGAGGACUCCAAGCCGCGCGACGCCGAGUGGACCACCGUCUUCAAGAACACAUCCGGCUGUCUGAGGAACGUGAGCUCGGACGGCGCCGAGGCCAGGCGCAGGCUGCGGGAGUGUGAGGGCCUGGUGGAUGCGCUGCUCCACGCCCUGCAGUCGGCGGUGGGCAAGAAGGACAUGGACAACAAGUCGGUGGAGAACUGCGUGUGCAUCAUGAGGAACCUGUCCUACCACGUGCACAGGGAGGUGCCGGGGGCCGAGCGCUACCAGGACCCGUCCACCCUGCAGGCCCCCGGCUCGGCCGGCCCCCAGCGCAAGAAGAAGGACGACGCCGGCUGCUUCGGAGGCAAGAAGGCCAAAGAGGAGUGGUUUAAUCAAGGGCGAAAAAACGGCGAGAACGACAAAAGCUACGACACGCUGGAUCUCCCCAAGCGCACGGAACCAACAAAAGGCUUCGAGCUGCUGUACCAGCCGGAGGUGGUGCGGCUCUACCUGUCUCUGCUGACCGAGAGCCAGAACUACAACACACUGGAGGCCGCCGCGGGAGCCCUGCAGAACCUCAGCGCCGGACAGUGGACCUGGUCGAACUACAUCCGUGCCACGGUGCGUAAGGAGAAGGGCCUGCCCAUCCUGGUGGAGCUUCUGCGCUCCGACUCCGAUAAGGUAGUGAGGGCCGUGGCCAUCGCGCUGCGUAACCUGUCCAUCGACCGCCGGAACAAGGACCUUAUAGGGAGUUAUGCCAUGAGGGACCUGGUCAGCAACCUGCCCAGCGGUCAGCAGCGGCCAGCCAAGAACCUGGAGGAGGACACGGUGGUGGCCAUCCUCAACACCAUCCACGAGAUCGUGACGGACAGCUCGGAGAACGCCCGCUCGCUCAUCACGGCGCAGGCCAUAGAGAAGCUGGUGGCCAUCAACAGGACGAGCCAGUCCCCGCGGGAAACCAAGGCUGCCUCCCACGUGCUGCAGACGGUGUGGAGCUACAAGGAUCUGCGGAACGCCCUGACCAAGGAUGGCUGGAACAAGACCCACUUCCAGCAGCCCACGGCGCCCGGCGCUCCCAAGGGCUCCAAGAGUGGCAAGCCCGGCUACGACGACACCACCUUGCCCCUGAUGGAGAAGAACCAAGGCAACAAGAAAAGGGGCAGUGGUGAUAUGAUUCCUCUGGACGAGCUGGGUCCAGAUGGCUACUCCACUAUCGACCAGAGAGAUAAAGACUGCAAGUAUAAGACCGGAGACGGCUCGGGCGACGCCACCGAGAGGGAACCCUUAAAGAAUGACACAAAUAGGAAACACUAUAUCAGGAGCAACAGGCCCGCGGUCAAUCUGGUGGAUGCUUGUGAUGUUAAACCUCAGCCUGUUGACUCCUGGGUCUAAAUGCAUGCAUGGCUUAAAUAACAACAUCUCAGCUAGAAGAGGAUCUCGCAUACCACCACCACUGCCAUACAUCAUGGACCUCGAUUUGGAGUUGACUCAUCAGCAGACUAAAUGAAAGAGAGUGAAAAAGAGGAAAAAAACAAUCAUCCAGCAGCCAAUGUUUCAUUCUUUUCAGCAAAAUAUAUGACAUAAAUACUUUUAAAAGAAAAGAAAAAGACUUUACACUUUUCAUAUCUACAUUCCCACUGGACAUAGAAGAAGUUCUCCUUUACUGAUGGGUGUGUUGAUGGCUCAGAUGGAUUGACAGAAGCAGCGUUGGAGAUAUGAAGGUGAAUUCAGGGAAGACAUUAUGGACAUGUGUUUGAAUGAAGGGGGCGGGGGACAGAAGAUUUUUUUGUGUGUGUGUUGAUGUUUUUUGUGUGUUAAUCUUGUUUUUGUUUGUACGUUUCAGCGUUUUGAUUUGAUUUGCGCCGAGGCAUACAUUCAAUUUUUUUUUCAUGUUCCUUUUCUGUUUGUUUUUGUUUUUGUUUGUGUUUGAUUCUUCCUUCUUGUUUGGGAUUUCUGAUUUGAUGGACUGUGGUGAGGUGGGGCUUGGUGUUGGUAGAUGUUGGAGGGUUGAUGAAUGUUUUUGUGGUUUGAGUUUCAGGGGGGGUACUGGAAGCUUCUUGUUACAUGCCAAGGGCACUGGGAAGAAAGAGUAUGAUAACAAUACGGACUAAUGCCAUUACAUAAACACACUCUGCAUACGUAAUUUCACUGUGUUUCUUUUCACUCUUCAAGUGAUAAUUUGGUGCGUGGAGUGAGUUUGGGGACCUAAGUGCCCCUAUCCAAAUAAGAGGAUUUAACAGUCACAGGUACCAGCCGGAAGUUGAAAACAGGAAAAAGCUUGCUUGUAUUGUGAGUUUUGUGCCAUGGGUUGUACGUAACCAAACAGUCAGCAUGACAUUUUUUGAGUCAGGAUGUUUUCAGAUUAGCAGGAAUCUUGGUUAAUUGCCAUGUACCUUACAAAUUACCACGAUCCUGGAUGAUUGCCAUGUGUGCUUUUCAAUGAGAUGUUCAAAAGGAGAAAAAGAGACUGAAAUUUUGUCUGUACAGAGUUUGUGUGAAGAGCGCUAAGGGGAAUUAAACAGUCUGAAUCAAAGGGUAGAUUUUAAAGCAUUUUAUAUUUUUGUUGGUUUUAUAAAUGUAUAUUGGAAUCUGAAAAGAUGAAAAAGGCAAAAAAAAAAAAAUACAAUCUUUAAAUUGUCUAUACAUUGUCAGGUAAAAAUUCAUAACAUUUCAUUCUGGGAGUGCUUUCUGAUAAAGCAUCACCAUAUUUGUAAAAAAAAAAAAAAAAAAAAGCAGAUGAAAUAGUUGCUUACGUUUAUCAAACAUGUAGAGUCAUGCUGAGUACCUAUUUAUAUUUUGUAUUUUCAAAAAAAAAAUCUUAAACUUUCGUUUAAGAAGUGGAAGAAUCCAUUCUUGAAUUGACAUCACGGCUGCCAAAAACUCACCAAGACGAUGGACGGACUUGACCCUUCAUCACUCAUGAAUGGUGUAUGCAAGGGGAGGGGGCAAAUCAGGGUGGACAGAUGAACGGACAAGCUGUGUCAGUCUCAUUAUACUGCCGUCACGCAAACUUUUGCUUAGGCCAUCACAGUACAAACAACAUGCUUUGAUAUCGUCAGUGCAUCUUAACGUAAACGAUGCAAGCAUGACAAAAUAUGUAAAGAUGUUUGUUAUUUCUGUUUUCUGAGUACUGGUUUUUUUGUGGUGUGGUUGAAUAUAAAGUCUUUCUUCACCAGAAAAAAAAAACAAGCAAACAAACCCAUGGCGGUGACCAGCCCAUGUAAUAGAUAACAGUUAACAUGUUAUGGAUAGAGGAAUCUUAACCGAGACAAUAUUGAGUUUGGUUUAACAUUCUCUCCCACAAGAGAGACUGGACAAUAGACGAGUUCACCAGAAAGGGACAAGAGGUGAAAAAAUAAACAGUACACGUCACAAACGACUCUGUUUUUGGGGUUCUCCCUCAGUCUUCAAGUGGACACCCAGCCUAUAGGGUGUUCUGCAUUAUGGACAACUCAAUCCAUGUGUCAGCUAGGCAAAUGGCAUGUGCCUGCAUUGAAGUCUGAGUUUCGUUUUUUGUUUCAUUUUUUUUCUUUGUGAUGUGACUUUGUUAAGCUUGCUGUUUUUCUACAUAGUGUUAACAGAGACUUCUAAUGAAACAAAAAUACAGUAUGUGUAUUAACUUUUUAAUUUUGAAAGAAAAACAAACGAGUGCUAUCCCCAUGUUACUGUACAUGUAUAUGGUCUUCAGUCCUGUGUGCUUACACUGGUUAACUCAUCUCUGUUUUAUUCCUGGCUGCCUUUCUGCAGUACACAACCAAAGGAUUUUGGGUUUGUUAACACAUACAGUUACAGCACAUGCAAGAGAAAUCUAUACAGUAAGUCUGCUUAAGGCAUUUAAUCAGAGUGUACAUUUAUAAAAACACAAGUUGUGUUGGGCUGGACAUACAAUAUAUGACAAAGACCAGACGAGCAGAAUCAGAAUAGAAGGACCUUUGUAGAUAUCACUAAUUCAAGGCGUCAGAGUUAAGUAAUUGUACAGCUUGGUAGCAAAUGUGUUUGUUACGAUCACGUGCCUUAACCUUUUUUCCAUGUUAGGUCAAAAAAAGAUUAACAAUGUGUUUUCUAUGCUCUGUUUGUUGUGUCCUGUUUACCUGUUUUGUCACUGCUCGUCAGCACUUCCUGUUCUCCUCCUCUUCUCUCUCUCCUUUCAGUCUCUGUCUCUUUCCCCUCUUCUUCUUCCUCCUCCUCCUUCUCCCUCUCUUCCCUCACACUCAUACAUUCACUCUCUCUGUCCUCAGUGUAGUCUAGAACUUUGGUGGGUUUUUGCCUUGUAUUACAAUGUAUUAUAAACUUUCAAAAAGAUAGAGACAUUAAAAAGGGUUUGAUUUAAUAGAGGAGUAAGUUGUUAAUGCUUUGCUAUAGCGUUACGAGAGCGAAAACAAUGCCACAGUGACAGAAUGUAUUAUGUUAAUUUUACUAAUACCAAGAGGAAAUUAAAAAGCAAUGAAAAUACAGGUUUGUAGAGUAAUUUGGUGUGUUUUCAAUAAAUCAUGCCUGGAAAGAA